AUGCCUAGCCUGGUAGUGUCAGGGAUAAUGGAAAGGAACGGGGGCUUCGGGGACCUGGGCUGCUUCCCGGGGAGCAGCAAGGACAGGGCGCUGCUGGAGGACGACCGGGCGCUGCAGCUGGCCCUCGACCAGCUCUGCCUGCUGGGCUUGGGGGAGCCUUCGGCCGCCGCCGCCGCGCCCUCCGCCGCCGCCGCCGCCUCGGCCUUGGGGGGCGGCGGGGCGGCGGACGACAGCAGCGGCGGCCAGCAGGCGCAGCCCCCGCCGCCGCCGCCUCCCCAGCAGCCCGCGCCCCCGCCGCCGCCGCCGCCGCCGCCCCCGCCGGCCUCGGCCCAGCAGCCGCAGCAGCCCCCGCCGCCCGCCGCCCCCAAGGCCGGCAAGCUCUGCGUCCUCUACAAGGAAGCCGACCUGCGGCUGAAGAGCAGCUCCAACACCACCGAGUGCGUCCCGGUGCCCAGCUCCGAGCACGUGGCCGAGAUCGUGGGCAGGCAAGGUUGCAAAAUCAAAGCUCUGAGAGCGAAGACCAACACUUACAUCAAGACCCCGGUCCGCGGCGAAGAGCCCGUCUUCAUGGUGACUGGGAGACGGGAGGACGUCGCCAUGGCCAGGAGGGAGAUCAUUUCGGCUGCUGAGCAUUUCUCCAUGAUCCGUGCUUCCCGCAACAAGGCCGGCCCCGCCUUUGGCAGCGCCCCCACCUUGCCUGGCCAGGUCACCAUCCGGGUCCGGGUCCCCUACCGUGUGGUGGGCUUAGUUGUGGGCCCCAAAGGAGCCACCAUCAAGCGGAUCCAGCAGCAGACCAACACCUACAUCAUCACGCCCAGCCGCGACCGAGACCCCGUCUUUGAGAUCACGGGGGCCCCCGGCAACGUGGAGCGAGCCCGGGAGGAAAUUGAAACCCACAUCGCUGUCCGAACAGGCAAAAUCCUAGAGUACAACAACGAGAACGACUUCCUGUCCAGCAGCCCUGACUCAGGCAUGGAAAACCGCUACUCGGAGGCCUGGCGGGUCCACACUCCAGCCCCGGGCUGCAAACCCCUCUCUACCUUCCGCCAGAACAGCCUCGGGUGCAUCGGCGACUGCUCCUUGGACCCUGCCUACGAGACGCCCCGGCUGAACGACCAAAAUGAUUUCAAUUACAGUUACCUCUUCCCUAACUACGGGGUCAACAAGCAAGAUCUAUAUUACGGGGUCCCUGAGUCGGGAGCCCCGCUGUGGGCUGGCCAGGAAAACACCAACCCGGUUUCCGUGCUCUUCUCCAAACAGCGCUCAGGCAACGCCAGCACCCUCCACCCCAAUUCGCACCGCUCCCCCUCGUCAUCCAUCCAAGAGCCCCCCCUCUCCGGGCUUCCGAGGCGGUCUCAGGGGGAGCCCCUGCAAGGGUUCUCCAAAUUGGGUGCUUCCGCGACCAGCCGGACAUCCCUCUCGAGCAGCCGGGAGUGCAUGGUGUGCUUCGAAAGCGAGGUAACGGCGGCCCUGGUGCCCUGCGGCCACAACCUCUUCUGCAUGGAGUGUGCCGUGCGGAUCUGCGAGCGGACCGACCCCGAGUGUCCCGUCUGCCACGCGGCAGCGACUCAGGCCAUUAGGAUAUUUUCUUAA